UCAAACUUCAUGAUGUUAAAAAAAUUUUCAUUUGUCUCAGUUUUAGUAACAGAUUUAAAAUGCGGGUAAUCUUUUUUUCAUUUAGUGGAGGAGGGAAGGAAAGUUUAACGAUAAUUUACUAAUCGGUCAAUACUGUAAUUUGAAAUAUUUCAAAUCACUUUUAUAACAUUAAGCUCAUAAUAAGAAUAAGAAUAGUAAUAAUAGAUAACAAUGGCUGUUAAGGGAUUAGGAGAAUUAGAUCAAUCAUAUGAUGGUUCAAAUUUAAGAAUUGGUAUACUUCAUGCUAGAUGGAAUAAAGAAAUUAUUCAAGCUUUAGUUGAAGGUGCUAAGAAAAGAUUACUUGAAUUAGGAGUUAAACCAGAAAAUAUCAUUAUUGAAACUGUCCCAGGUUCAUUUGAAUUACCAUUUGGUUCUAAAUUAUUUCAUGAUAAAUAUAAAAAAUUAGGUAAACCAUUAGAUGCCAUAAUUCCAAUCGGAGUAUUAAUCAAAGGUUCAACCAUGCAUUUUGAAUAUAUUUGUGAUUCAGUAACUCAUCAAAUCAUGAAAUUAAAUUUCGAAUUGAAUAUUCCAAUCAUCUUUGGAGUAUUAACUUGUUUAACUGAUGAACAAGCUCAAGCUAGAGCUGGUUUAAUCGAAGGUAAAAUGCAUAAUCAUGGUGAAGAUUGGGGUGCUGCUGCCGUUGAAAUGGCCACUAAAUUUUAUAAUUAAUUAAUUAAUUAAUACUAAUACUUUCUUAUAUAAAAAAUAUACAUUAAAUCGAUCAAAUAAUCAAUCACAAUCAACUCCUAUCAUUAAUAAUCAUGAUAACUAUCAACAAUAGUAAAAAUAUCAAAAAAAUGAUGCCUUCAGCCAGAGUCGAACUGACGAUCUCCUCAUUACUAGUGAGGUGCCUUACCAACUUGGCCAUAAAGGCUUUGGAAAUUAAUGAUAAUUUUAAGGGGUUAUAG